AUGAUUGAAGCAGCUCCAUUUCUCUUUCAGAUGCUGAGCCUGUGGAUUCCAAUUUCUUUCCUUCUCACUGGAAUCAACGGUGAAGGGGAACCAAUCUGCUACGACAGACUGGGCUGUUUUCCCGUUGGAUACCCAUGGACAGGGAUAAAGGAGAGACCCAUCACCAGGGCCCCCUGGAGCCCUGAGAAGAUCAACACCCGUUUCCUCCUCUACACCAGACAGAACCCCAACAACUUUCAGGAAAUCAGCAGGACCAAUCCACAGACAGUCACCGUCUCAAACUUCAGCAGCAAUCAGAAAACUGUCCUAGUGAUCCACGGACACCUGGAAAAUGGAGAUUCCAAAUGGACUGUGGAUAUGUGCAAGACAAUUCUGCAAGUGGAUAACAUCAACUGCGUCUGUGUGGACUGGAGAGGUGGCUCGCAGUGUCCGUUCAGCCAAGCUGCUCAGAACAUCCGCGUGGUGGGAGCUGAAAUCGCAUUCUUCCUCCAUGCACUGGAGAGUAACUACAAUUACACCUUGCCUGAUGUGUACUUGGUGGGGCAUGGACUGGGUGCCCACGCUGCUGGUGAGGCAGGACGGAGGAAGCCGGGCAUCGCCAGAAUUACAGGCCUUGAUCCCGUUGCCCCAUACUUCCAGAACACUCCUCCUGAAGUGAGGUUGGAUCCCACCGACGCACUGUUUGUUGAUGUCAUUCACACGGAUGGUUCCUUCAAGUUCCCCAACAAAGGGUUCGGGAUGACUUAUCCUUGUGGUCAUGUGGACUUCUACCCCAAUGGAGGCGAGAACAUGCCGGGCUGCUCGAAGAACCUCAUUUCAACCAUCCUGGACGUGGAUGGGAUCUGGGAAGGCACAAAGAAUUUUUUCUCCUGCAACCACCUCCGUGCCGUGAAGUACUUCACAGAGAGUGUGGGAUCACCGGAUGGUUUUGUGGCCUUUCCAUGUGCCAGUGAGCAGGAGUUUCAGGCAGGGAAGUGUUUUGCCUGCCCCUCUGACAACUGCCCCACCAUGGGCUAUGACAUCGGGACAUAUCGCCCUGCCCCGGGACUGCUGCACCAGCUGCUCUACCUCAACACCGGCGAGUCCAGUCCCUUCGCAGUCUGGCGUUACAAGGUGUCGGUGAAACUCUCCGGUUCUCAUUCUGUGUCCGGUUUCAUUACCGUUGCCGUGUGUGGUACCAAAGGGAACUCCCGACAGCACAGAAUCACAAAAGCUAAACUCCACCCAGGCACCACGUACACGUCCCUUGUUGACCUAGAGCUAGAUGUGGGAGACAUCACCAAAGUGAAGUUCCUCUGGGACAACAGCGUGAUAGACAUAUUUCACCCUCAGCUAGGAGCAGAGGACAUCACCCUGGUCCGAGGGCAGGACCAUGCCAGAUUCGACUUCUGUGGGAGCCAGACGGUUAAGCAGAAGACCCUUCAAACCCUCAUGCCGUGCGCCAAAUAAGGGAUGUAUCAGAG